AUGAAAGAAGAUGUAAGUUGUAGCUGGGUUAAAGAGUAGUAUGAAACAUCCAGACAUGGAAGAGGAUAUUAGAAAGAAGGGUAUGCUUUAUUUGCAGCAACAAAGAUUUGGAAAGAAGUGGAAAAAAGUAUGGUCUAUUCUGUACCGAGAAAGCACCUGUUCGAUCUCACGGCUAGAGUUUUUCGAGUGUAAAGAUGGCACGACCGGCACACUGGAGAAGUCCAAAAGCAAGCAGGAGAACAAAAAGAUUAUAAAAAUGAGCGACUGCAUUCGUGUGACGGAGGCUGCAGAUGUGGACGGUUGCCCAAAGGAGUGCAAGGCCUUCUUGGUGGAAACCACUGAGAAGACAUUUGUGUUUGCUGUAGAAAUGGUUGAAGUCGAUGACUGGAUGCAGAAACUGUGUGAAAUUGCAUUUCCUAUGAACUGGAGUGAAAGAGGGGCAACUAGAAGGCGCAGUUCAGUCCCCGAUUGUGACGAUGUCUCGAUGACGGAUAACUCGCUCUACAGUGGGAAAGAUGCGGCAUUAAAGGACUUCAAGGUGGUGGUUAGACGUACAGAUGCUGCAGAAAGGUGUGGGUUGAAAGGACAAUACUUGCUACGUACCGACUUUGACAGCCUGCUCCUGAAAGAGCCAAAGUCAGGAGAAGUGUAUUUCACCUGGCCAUAUCGGUACCUUCGGAGAUUUGGACGAGACAAGACAACAUUCUCUUUCGAGGCUGGAAGAAGGUGCGACUCUGGCGAGGGCAACUUUGAGUUUGACACCAAGCAAGGCAAUGCCAUUUUCCAGUAUGUAGAAGCUGCCAUUAACUUACAGAGAGUAAAUUUUUCCCAGCAACAGGCUUCGAGCGGUGCUCGAGAUCGAGAACCUUUACCUACACCGCAGCCGCCCAAAAUCAAUCCACCAACAGAGGACAGUUCCGGUACUGUUUACAGCAUGCUGAGUGAAACUGCUUUAAAGGACAAACCCAAACCAUCAUCGCCUCACCGUGCCAGACUGGAAAUGCCUACAGAUAAACACCUGACUGGGGUUAAGAGUUUAAACAUUGACACACGACCCAUGCCAAGAAAGAACCAGGUCAAGAACUUCCGAAGCUGUCCCUUAGCCAACACAGAAGAAGAGGCCUAUUCCCGGGUCACAGCACCACUCCCAGAUAAAGACAGUCCAGAUAGAGUUGAUAAAGAAAAUCAACACCAAACUCUUCGACCAUGUUCCAGUUCCCCUGACACGGAGUAUUCACUCCCAUUCGACAACAUUGCCAAAAAUGUCAUGAUGGACAUCUUGACAUCAUCACAUUUGGCACCACCAAUGGUAGUGGAACCAUGUUUGAGUAAUGAAAAUAGAGACAGUAAUGAAAAAAGUGUGGAGCCACUUUAUGAUAGCAUCGAUGAAUCUGCCAUCAGACCUUUCCCACAAAAACCAAAAAGACACUUAAAUCAAUACCCAGUGGAACACAUAUAUGAUGAACCUGAAGGCUGCGCCACAAAAACCCGCGCUCCAUCUGCACUCUAUGAUGACCCUGAGGAAGUCAGAGGUAAUGCUUGGAAGACACUUGGUGAUUUAAAUGAUCCGAGUGGACACGAGUUCCCGUAUAAUGCACAUGUAGAUGACUACGCUGUCCCCAAACCUCCUAGGAGAGCCAUAAUUCCAGAGCAGGUAAGAGAGAGAGCAGAGAAAAGCAGGAUGCCAGGAACACAGAAUAUGUCUCAAGAUGAUGAGGACUCUUCACCAUAUGAUAACGUGAUGUUGAAAAUGAAAACUAGUUCUUUAAAUGAAUAACCUGAACUUUUUUUUUUAUAUGAUCCAUGUGUGAAAAAAUAAACAAAAGCCAUCACAAUAUUUUACUCCAGUUUGUUAAUAUGAAACGACACUGAACCUAAAAACAUGUCAGAAAACACAACAAAGGAAUGAAUCAUGACAUGAUGGUGUGAUGAGGCUUGAUGUUAAGUGAAGUUAUAGGUACAACCACACAGUUGAUUAUUUUACUAUAGUGGCAUGUAUGACAAAUAUUUUAUUCCUAUUACAUAACAGCAAUCUGCCAGGAAUUAGAAUUGUUUUUUCAUUAAAGAAUUACACAUUUUUAUCCAUUCAUAAUUACAUUUAAUGUCCAAAAACAAGAUUGUUGUUAUACCAAGUUAACGAGAAACCACAAAAAAAUUACAGGUUUACCUCUAAGGCCUUGUUCACACGGGCGCUAAGUUUUGGGAUAAACGAACGCGCUCUGAACGUCCUAGACGUUUAUGUUGCGUUUUGUAGUGGCGAUCGAUUGACUUCUACACCGGCGUUCGUUUGUCUCUGUCUAACGUCAAAUUGUAGUUUGUGUGUUAACCUGUGGGAGCAGUGUGGGGAACUGGAUAUGAAAGCCCGUGCCACCGGGUUCACUCUCUCCUUCCCUAAAUUUAAAUUUCACCAGUGUUUUAAUCAGUUCGGUGUACAAGUCCCAAUAAAUGAGUUGUUACUCUAGAAAUGAGUGCAUUAAUACAGUAAAAACAUGUGAAUUGGAGGUGCACUACUGUCAGAGCCGCAUAUUCUGCAGCAAUGUGAAAGAAAACAAGCAAUGGUUUUACCCGAAGGGCUUCUGUAUAUAAUGCUGUGAAAUAAAUAAUGUGUACAGCCUGCAAGGAUUUUUCAAACACCUGAGAUGCGUUUGUUUCUUCUUUAAAUAUGAUAUUCUCAGAUAAUUGAACUCUGGUGUUAUUGAUAAAAGGAUGUAGGGAUAGACUGUGUCUACAGUGUGAUGAUUUUUUUCUAUUUGGUAUUAAGCUAUAUUGUGUAUGAGGUACUUUUUGCCAUAGUAGCUAAAGCACACUCUCAAUUCUUUAAUCGUGAUUAAUGUCUAGUGGAAAUUUCAGCUUGGUAUUUGGAAACCACAGUGACCUUUUGCAGCCAAUUCACCGUAGCUAUAAAUUGGAUCAUAAUUCAAUUCGUACUUAAGUCAGGGCUCUAUUAGCCACAUCUCUGUCCUGAUUUCUGUUAUUGUGUUGGGAGCUCACAGGCAAUUAAAGUUUCCACUUUUCUCACAGAAUGACUGAUUAACACAUUGCUUACUUCCUAACGAAGCAAAUGAGAGUUUCACAUAGUGAGGUGUUGUAACAUUUAUGGUACAUGUGGACUCCGGGGCCGAUUACUUUAUUUCCAGGGACAUGUGAAUAAUAGACAUUAGAGCAGUCACUAGAUAAGCAAAUGCAUCACCUUUAUUUGUGAUAUCUGCUGCAGAAUUUAUGCAGCCUGAAUAGUUAGUAGGGCUAAAAGAUAUGACAAUAUACACCGAUCAACCAUAACAUUAACUAUCAAUUAUAUAUCAGUAAACUGGUGACAAGGCUCAUUUAUGUCUGUGGGGCGCGAAGGUCAGCCUGUCUGUUCCAAACCCACAGAAAAGCCGAUGUAGCAAAAAUUAAGAAAAUAGUUAAUGCUGUCCGUUACAGAAACGUAUUAAAACACUCAGUGCAUCACAGCUCGCUGUGUAUGGGUCUAAAGAGGUCAUGGUUGUUGACGUGGCUUCCAAAUUCGCCAGAUCUCAAUCUGAUCGCGCAUCCAUGGGACGUGCUGGACAAAGAAGUCCAAUCCAUGGAGGCCCCACUUUGGGAUUUAGAGCACUUAAAGGAUCUGCUGCUAACGUCCUGAUGCCAAACACCACAGCACAACUUCAGAUGUCUUGUAGUGUCAUGCCUCGAGGGGUCAGAGCUGUAUGGGUGGCACAAGGGGAAACGUAAAACCUAGGUGGUUUUAAUGUUUUGGCUGAUCGGUGUAAGUUUGAUAUUGGAAUAAACUAAUGAUAAACACUUAUUUAGUAUCGACGAUUUUCAGAAAAAAAGUAGAAAAUGGAAAGACAAUGUUAGAAAAACCCUUGGAUGAGCAAGUGUGUCCUAACCUUUGGCUGGUAAAUAAAAAUACAUUAUGUUACUCAUCGAACUGAUUUUUAUUUACAUUUAAAAGAUUUGACUUUUCGUGUCAUUGAAAUGCCUUUGAGAAUCCUGAUAUAACGUUCCUAUCAUACUGUAUCUCACAGCCCUGCUAACGUUAUUGAUUACAAGGAGCGCACUACCAAGAGUGAUUUCAAUUUAAAAUGAAUAAUGUAUUCACUAAUGUACAUCUAACCCUUUUUAAGUCCAGGUUUGUUAUUUAACUAUUUAUCUUUUAAAUUAUUAGGAAAGGAGUGAAGUUUGAGUCACGAGUUAUUAAACUAAGAGAAUCAGAAAAUAUCACAGAAAUAGUAUGAUAUCAUACAUUAAAUACAUUUGUGGUGUGAGAUAUUGGAGAAAGUUUGAAGUUUGACAGGUGUGUUUGUGUGUCUGUAUUCACAUAUUCCUGUUUGUUCGGUAGUAAUGGCAUAUGAUUAGUUAAAUAAAAUUCAAUUCUUUUUUAUAUAUUUUUAUUAUAAUUUUAAAUAAUCUACAUCAAGUGUAAAAUUGUAAUGUAAAUAUGAUCGCUCAUAAAACUGCAGAUUUCAGUUGUUGAUUCUGUUUAUAGUGUGUGUGAUUAAAUAGUUGAUAUGACAUUAAAGUGUAUAUCAGGCA